AUGAUAAUCCCGCUAUUGCUACUUUUUCCAAUCACCAAUGCCUAUUUCGAGCAAAAACUUACUAGAAAUGUCUACCAGUAUCAACAAUUCAAAAUCAACGAAAAGGUGACUGCCAUUGCACCUAAAAAAUGUCCAUCGGAUCUCCUUAAUUACACACACAGUGACACGUAUGUCAGCCAAAUUUGUUUUAACAAAAAUGUUUUUUAUAACGUAGAGGUUAUCUUGGGCGAUAAUGUUACGAGGAACAAUACAUUUUAAUUAGCUCUAGAUCUAACAUCUCCAUGGACUUGGUACAAAUAAAAAGACUGUAUUAGUUGCAAAAAAAUUAAUCCUUUAGAAUAUGAAAUUGAUGAUGAAUGCAAACGUAAUAGCAAGAAUAAUAAUUGUUUUAAUGAAUAAUUUAAUAAAUCAUUUAAUGCUGCUAAAUGGAAUGACAUUAAAGUGCAUGGCUAAAUAUACUCCUAAAAUUCAUUAAUUCAAGGAACCUUUCAAACAGAUACUAUUUAAAUGUUAGCAUACAACUCAUCCUCAAAAAUGACAAUCUCCCAAUAUAUUGCUUAUGAAUGGGGAAAUUCAACUCCUCCAUCACUUGUGAGCAUAACAGGAUUACAAAUGCUUUAGGUUCAAUACAUUAAUAAUGAAUUGCCUAUUCUUGCAGAUGGAGUCAUUGGAUUUGGAUUUGGAUAUACAGAGACUGAUGAUGAAAAAACAAAAAGUGAUGCAGAUUUCGUUGAAAAACUAGUUCAAGAAAAGACAAAACUCAACCUAACUAAAUAAUUGUUUGCCUUAUACACUUAUGAGAGUGCGGUGAACUUUUCUGAAAUGGUUGUGCAAGUUGGUGGAAUAGAUGAAAAGUAUAUUCGUAAAUAAAAAUCCAAUGGAACUUGGAUCGAUCGUUUAGAGAAAUCAGGUUAUUAUUGGAUGGUUGAAAUUAAUAAAAUUGAAUUAAAAAACUCAGAAGGAAGAGAUAUCAUUAAUACAGAAUUACCUAUUAAGAAAGCCUUCUUCACUUUGAAUUCCUAGUUUAUAGAGUUGCCUUAUGAUAUGAUGAAAGUCUUGACUCAAAACUUAUAGUAGUUCCACUCUAAUACAGCCUGUGAUUUAGUAGAUUCAGAUAUGUAUAUACUAUAUUGUAAGAAUCUCCCCAAGUCAAUCUAAGCUGAUUAUAUCUUAACCUUCACUUUUGGCAACAACUAAAUUUCCAUUAACAAUUCUAAUCAUCUAUACAGAGAAUGCAACUCUUCUAGUGAAGAUAACAGGAUCUGGGAUUGCCUUUUCAAUAUCAAGUUUUCACAAUCUGAAUAUGUGAUAUUGGGUGAACCCUUCAUGAAAAAUCAUUAUAUUGUAUUUGAAAAUGCUCCAGGCAAUAAUACAAGGAAAAUCGGAGUGUUUCAAGCUGCUACUCAUAUGUACUAUCCUGACAACCCAAAUCAAUAUGAAUGGCCAUUGUUUAAUGCCAUUCUAUUUAUCUUCAUAUUCGGACUUAUCAGUGUAUGUUCAAUCACAUUUUUGAAGUCUUUAUGCAAAGAUAUAUUUAGAUCAUUCAAAUAUAGAAAAGCAUAAAAUCCUGAAGAUCAGCAAUCUCUGAGAAUUUCCAAAGAUAUUGACUAUGUUGACUAUUCUACAUAAGAAGAAGUCUAAAGUUAAAUAAAAAAUAUUGAGAUGAGUGAUUAAAGAAAAAUUGAAGAAUGGAAUAAAUAAUAAGAUUAGUUUAAGUUUGGAGAAUAGUUUACAAACUCGUUAGAAUCAAAUUCAUUAUGA